AUGCGCAUGUGUGCCGUUGCGUGUGCGCCCGAUGUAUCCACGAGGCUGGCCAGUAGAGUGAUGCACCAGCGGCCCGGAGCAGAUUGUCGGUCGGAA